UCUUCGCGCUGGCAGUCCGCGUAAGCCCACCCCAAACAUAUACCGUCUUCCCCUAGAGCGGUUCCAUCCAGUAUAUGAAGGUUAGAAGCCUACCCAUGAAGCUAUACCUAACGGCCGUAGGCCAUCGGAUAAGCUGCACAUGCCUAUAUCUUCGCAGUCCUAUCAGACCGCAACCCCAAAGCCGCCGGCUCCCGGUGGUGGUCCUCCGAAUGGACCUUUCGGCGCCAAGCUUCGAGGGCCAGGUGAGCGAGGACCUGGCGGGCGACGUGCUGGUUUGCGCUGCGAGAGAGAGCAGCCACCCUUUGCAAUCUUCGCGCGGCACCGAGCACACGCGUCGCCAGGCUUUGACACCUGCGCUGCACCUUUCCUGGAGUACCGCCAGCACUCCAAGUUACCCUCCUGGCAGCGAAGGCAUCGACGAUCAUCAAAGAGCUGCUCACCCAGCUCCGUCUCCAUGAUCCGGCCGAUAUGGCCGGCAGAUCGCCUCCUAUUAUUAGGAAGGGCAGCGAACUCCUCCUCCGACACCGACCACCACUUCCCGUCUACGACGGGGCGGCGGAACGCAGUGUCCUUGCCUUGAGUCUGCCAGGCCCAAGCUAACCGGCCCUGGUCCGCACGCUGGGCGGCAUCAUACUGAGCCUCAGAGAGGCCAGCAGUCACCAUAUCAGGGGCAGGACGGGGCGGCGGCAGCAGUAGCUGCGGCAUGGCAGCGGGGGGGAGGGGGCUUAAGACGUUAGUGCUGGAUCUUGCAUCUACAUAUGUUCUACUUACCAUAGGCCAGUGCUCGCGGGCGAGCCCGCCGGCGAGCCCACCGGCGUGUGUGAGGGGGAGGGGGCCAGGCUAUCAUCAUCAAGAUCUAUGGGGCGGAAGCCUCCAUCAUCACUAGAUGACGGCGACGGAGGGCUUUCCCCUAGCAGCGACGGCAGCAGCACGGGCGGCGGCGGCGGUAGUGGUAGUGGUGGUGGUAGUGGUGGUGGUAGUGGUGGUGGUGG